AAUUCGCGUUCCUUUUAUCGUAAUGUCGUUUUGCAUUGUACAAACCCGAAAAUCAAAAAGGGCUUUGCCCUCAUUGACUGCAGUACCCACAAACUGGGUACAGGACAAAAGUGUUUUCUGGCCGCCAAGUAACUUGGUGUCUCUUUCACAAUGUAAGGAUUCGGUACCAGACAAACAAAUCUGGAAGAAGCAGGCAUGUAAACUGCUCGGGAAAGCCAAUUCCUAUCAUCAGGCUGAAGAGCUGAUCAGCAUGUUGGACAAGAUGACCGAUUCCGAGGAUGCUCUGCAAAUGGAUCGUGGAACAAGGGCAAAUCCAGCAAAAAAGCGACCAAAAUUCCAAUCAAAAAGUUAUCAAUUGGCUCCACCAGCGCCUGUUCCAGGGCCUUCGGGUAACGUGAUUAUGAAACAAGGAUCAUCAGAAAUAAGCUCAAAUUCAAAGAAAACGCACAAACAACCUGAGCAACUGUAUUCAGAACCAUUUGAAUCCCUCACCAUUUGAAUCCCCCACCCAUUUGAAUCCCAUCCCUCAUCAAU